AUGGCCAAUCAACCAGGAAGAAGAAACUCCAGCGGCGAACUACUUGCAGAGAUCGCGAGCUUAAGUCAAACACUCAGCCGACCCCCCACCACCGGCAAUCGUCGCCGCACCGCCUCCCUCGCCCUGCCGCGCUCUGCCGCCCCGACGUUGGCCGACUUCGCCUCUGAUGGGCCGCAGAUCACCGAUGGGGCUCCUCGAACCGACCGCUGGAGCCACUCCUUCCGCUUCAUGCCCCUUUCUUCCUGGCGCUCCCGUCCGAAACCUAAAGCAGACACGGAAAGUGAGGGGACCGAUGCUGAUGAAAACCCUAAUUUCACGGCCCGGCCUCCGGAUGGGGAGAAGAAAGGUAUAUGGGGUUGGAAGCCGAUGCGAGCCCUCUCGCACAUCGGUAUGCGGCAUAUUGGGUGUUUGUUCAGAGUUGAAGUAGUCGCAAUCCGCUCCCUCCCAACUUCUAUGAACGGCCUCCGCCUCUCGGUCACGGUCCGGAAGAAGGAGAAGGCCAAGGAGGGAGCUGUGCAAACAAUGCCCUCCCGAGUGAUGCAAGGAAUUGCCGACUAUGAUGAAACCUUAUUUAUUAGGUGCAAUCUCUACUACAGCGGAGGUCGCGGCACAGGAAAGCCACUCAAGUUUGAGGGUCGCCCUUUUGUUAUCUCUGUGGUGGCUGUCGAUGCCCCUGAGCUUGGUUUCGGAAAGAGAACCAUCGACUUGAGUGCGAUGAUUCUCGAGUCAGUGGAAAAGAGUUUGGAGGGGCAGCGGCUUCGGCAGUGGGAGAGGACUUUUGAGCUCUCUGGAAAGGCAAAGGGGGCUGAAUUAGUUCUCCGGUUAGGGUUUCAGAUCAUGGAGGACGGACACCUCGGUAUCUACAAUCAGGCUUAUGUUAUAAAGUCGAAGGAUCAUGGAAGGAGCUCCUCUUUCUCCAUUGCACGGAACCAAUCAAAGUCUACUUACAGUGCUCCGAGCCCAAGUAUCACGAGAUCAGAUUCACCUAUCACUGAUCCAGAGAGAAAGUUAAAAGGAGUUGAUUACUUCAAUCACAAUGAUCGUGGAAUUUCAUCCUUGAAUCCCUGGUCAAUUCAGAAGUCAGAGCAAGAGAGAGUAGUGGAGGAUUUUGAUAUCCCAGAAUUUGAAGUCAUUGAGAAAGGAAUCGAGAUUCAAGGACAAAGCAAAGUUGAAGAGGUACAGUCGGAGUCCACGGAAGGGACCUCGGCCUCAAAUGGAAACGUUAAAGAGAUUGUUCGUGACAGUGCUCAUUUGGUUAGGCUUAAAGAGCUUGACUCGAUAGCAAAAGAAAUUGAGGCUCUUGAGUCAAUGAUCAUUGGAAAUAAUGCAGAUCCUAUUAUAUCACUACAACGAUCCCAAGAGCAGCAAUUAGAUGCUAAAGAGGAGAGAAUGACAAGGGAGUACCUCCGAAUGCUUAAGAUGCAAGAUAAUAAGCAGCUGAAACAAGAGCUUCUCUCCCCAAAAUUAGCAGGAGAUGGUGAAAAAGAUGGUGAAGUGAAGGUUCUCCUUCCGGAUUUAGGGAAGGGUCUGGGCUCCGUCAUUUGUACGCGGGAUGGAGGCUUCUUAAUUUCAACGAAUCCAUUUAAUAUAGAAGUAGCAAGGAAAGAGAGUCCAAAACUGGCUAUGCAUAUCUCGAGACCAUUCGUCUUCAAGAAUCAGAAGCUAGUAAGUGGGUUCGAAGUAUUUCAGAGAUUAGCUGCCAUGGGAUCUGAAGAGCUGAGUUCUAAAUUGCUCUCAUUGGUUGAUAUGGACGAAUUGACGGGUAAAAGUGCAGAAAAGAUAGCAUUCGAGGGCAUUGCAUCGGCCAUCAUAAGUGGGAGGAACAAGGAAGUAGGAAGCUCGAGUGCAACUAGAACAAUCCUGAUUGCUAAACAGAUGGCUGCAGCGAUGAGCGAAGGUAGAAAGCAAAGGAUUUCCACGGGAAUUUGGAGUACAAAGAAGGACCCUAUGAUGAUAGAAGAAAUCUUGGGGUUCUCUCUGCAAAAGAUGGAGGCCAUGGCAGUGGAGGCUCUGAAGAUUCAGGCUGAGAUGGCCGAAGAAGAAGCCCCAUUUGAUGUUUCUCCACUUAUCUUGAAAGAUAAUCCAAAGUGCUUCUUGGAUUCCACCAUUUCACUUGAGGAGUGGGCCAAAAACUGCAGCAAAAACAGUGCAAUUACAAUGUCAGUAGUCAUUCAACUGCGAGACCCGUUAAGGAGUUACGAAGCUGUGGGGGGUCCCAUGAUUGCUGUGGUGCAGGCAAUGAAAGCAAAUAGUGAUGAAGAAGAUGGGUUUCAGUUUAAAGUGGAGAAUCUCCAUAUUGGGGGUCUGAAGGUGAAGGAAAGAGGGAAAAGGAAUGCUUUGGAUGGGGAGAAACAGAGGCUGACUGCUAUGCAAUGGUUGGUGGCCUAUAAUUUGGCGAAAGCAAAGAAAAAUAAGUUGGCGGAGGCAAAACCAAAACAAGAUUUUGUUUGGAGCAUGUCCUCACGAAUCAUGGCAGAUAUGUGGCUCAAGCCGAUGCGAAACCCUGACGUGAAAGUUUCUAGCAAGAGUAGAUGA